UGUUACUAAAUUGAUGACAUGGAGCAAUAUGAAAUACUUGAGCAAAUUGGAAAAGGUGCUUUUGGUUCUGCGCUUCUUGUGAGACAUAAGCAUGAGAAGAAAAAAUAUGUGCUGAAGAAGAUUCGCCUUGCCCGCCAAACUGAGCGUUCUCGUAGAUCUGCACACCUGGAGAUGGAGCUUAUCUCUAAAUUACGAAACCGAUUUAUUGUGGAGUAUAAAGAUUCAUGGGUAGAAAAGGGUUGCUAUGUCUGCAUUAUUAUAGGUUAUUGUGAAGGCGGAGAUAUGGCGGAAGCUAUAAAGAAAGCUAAUGGUGUUCUGUUUCCAGAGGAGAAGCUUUGUAAGUGGCUUGUUCAACUUCUUAUGGCGCUUGAUUACUUGCACAUGAACCACAUUCUUCAUCGUGAUGUCAAGUGUUCAAAUAUCUUCUUGACCAAAGAUUAUGACAUACGUUUGGGUGAUUUCGGACUAGCCAAAAUGUUGACUUCUGAUGAUCUUGCUUCCUCUGUGGUGGGAACUCCUAGCUACAUGUGCCCUGAGCUCCUUGCUGAUAUACCUUACGGUUCUAAAUCGGAUAUUUGGUCCUUGGGAUGUUGUAUAUAUGAAAUGACAGCAAAUAAGCCUGCAUUCAAAGCAUUUGAUAUACAAGCUUUGAUUAACAAGAUUAAUAAGUCUAUAGUGGCUCCACUGCCAACAAAAUAUUCUAGUUCAUUUCGAGGUCUUGUUAAAAGCAUGCUGCGGAAAAAUCCAGAGCUUAGGCCCAGUGCUUCAGAGUUGCUUGGGCAUCCACAUCUUCAACCUUAUGUUCAUAAGAUCCAUCUCAAAAUCAAUAGCCCCAGGCAAAGUACGUUACCAGUUCAUUGGCCAGAAUCCAACUUCAUGAAGAAAACUAGAUUUUUGGUGCCAGAAGAUUAUCCUGUUUCCAUCUAUAGGGAUAAGCGUCAUUCUUUAAGCAAUGAUCGGACUCUAAAUCCUAGUGUAUCUGGAGCUGAUCAAGAUUCUAUAUGCUCUACCCUAGAAAUAGAUUGUACUCCAGAUCAUUUGAAUCAAAGGUUGGCAGAACUAUGUAUUGGAGAUAGCCGUGAAGUGAAGUCAAUCCAUAAGCCUGUUAUUUCCAGAACUUCUAGUAUUGCUAGGACUCCAAGAUUCUCUUCAACAAAAGUUUCUACCACCAACAAGAAAUCAAUGGAACCCUCAAAGAAUCAAAAGGCUGCAAGGCGAGCUCUUCCUGUUUCACACAAUACCUCAAAAUCUGCCCAAACAAAUCGCAGGGCAUCAUUUCCACUGCCAACAAGGGGUGGUAUUCGGCAGCCUCCUUGCAGGACCAGUGUUGGUUUGCUGAGCCAUGUGUCUUCGCCAGACAUCUCGGUCAACUCUCCCCGUAUUGAUAAGAUAGCUGAAUUCCCAUUGGCAUCAUAUGAAGAUUCAUUAUAUCCUAUCAAUAGAACAUCAACCUCUGCACAAGGUUCCUUAGGCUAUCCAUCUCAGGGCAAUCAUUCAACUGUGAUAGACAAAUGCACGGUAGAGGUAUGUGAUAGAGCCUCUAUUAGGCCUAGUUCUAGGGAUGAUUGGCAGGGAAUUAAGCGCAGCAUGUUGAAGGAAGUUGAUAAGGAUAAAAGUGGUUCCUCUGAUCAAAAUGCAACAGCAGGUGCAUCUAGCCGCACCUCUUCAGACUUGAACCGCCACCAGUUUGACACUUCAUCAUUCCAACAAAGGGCUGAAGCCUUAGAAGGGUUGCUUGAAUUUAGUGCAAGAUUGCUACUGCAGGCACGAUACGAUGAGCUUGGGGUUUUGUUGAAACCAUUUGGGCCCGGGAAGGUUUCCCCAAGGGAAACUGCUAUUUGGUUGAGCAAGAGCUUCAAAGAGAACACUAUCAACCCGGAAGAAUCCCCGUAAACUGCUAUAGUAUGUAUUGUAGUCAUAUUUCUAGAGUUCGGUGUUUCUUUUCU